AUGUGGGUUUCAGCGUUGGUUUCUCCAGCCUGGCUCAGAGCGGAACUGAAGCGCUGCUGCGUACUGGACGCGACGUGGUACAUGCCUUCGGCUGGAAAGGACGCUGCUGCCGAGUUCACCAAGGCGCGGAUACCCACAUCGAUUCGCUUUGACAUCGACGAAGUAGCCGAUAAAGAAACCCCGCUCCCUCAUAUGCUUCCGCGAAGCGCAGAAGCCUUUCGCGAGUGUUUGGAACGUCUUCGUAUUCGUCCUCGAACACCUGACCCUGCUGACACCGCCAUCGUCUGCUAUGCCCGGAACGGGGCAUUCAUUGCAGCUGCUCGGGCUUGGUGGAUGUUUCGCGUCUUUGGUAUUGAUCGAGUGUUCGUACUUGAUGGUGGCUUUCGUUCCUGGAUAAAUGCUGGGUAUGAACUAGAAACUGGUACGCCAUCGCCGCGAAGCGGCGACUCGGAGGCCGCACCCUCGAGUGCCGUGUUCCCGCUGCGCUUUCGACGAGAGCUCGUUUGUUCGCGUACGGAAAUCUGCGAUUAUCUUGCGGGAAGUCGACGAAUCCGGCUUCUGGAUGCGCGUUCACGGGGUCGCUUUCGCGGAGAGGAACCCGAACCUCGACCAGGUCUACGACUGGGCCAUAUUCCCGGAGCCUACAACGUCCCGUACGAGUCACUUGUAUGCAAUGAGGGAUGCUCUCUGCGACCCGUAUCCGAGUUGCGCCAAAUCUUCUCAUCUUGCGUCCAGCAUCUUGCGGUGCCGUCUCCAGCAGCAGACGCGAACACGCAAUCGCCACAGCUGGUUGCGUCGUGUGGCUCUGGGGUCACUGCAGCUAUCAUAGCGCUAGCGUUACAUGAAUUAGGGAUUCCCGAGUGUGCCAUCUACGACGGGAGCUGGGCAGAGUAUGGUGCCUGCAUGGAACUACCCUUGGAGACGAUAGAAACAACGUCGACCUAG